GGGCUCUCGUCUUCUUAGGUCCUCCUGCCUGCUGCCUUUCUCGCGGAAACAGAAAAUCUACUCAGGCGAGAUUCCGAUUCACCUAGGAUGCCCUUCUUCUCGUCAUCCUUCUUCCCCAUCUUUUAGCAUCCCUGCUCCGACGCUUUCUAGGGAAGCACUCCCAGCUACAAGGUCGGAUUUCCCACCUGACUCGUGUUCGGCCAGCCGAAGUCGCCCAAAGGUACUCGUGAUUCGGGAUGGAGAGCAUGAGAGAUAUGGCGAUGUCGACAUCGACAGCCACAGGAACAUCUGCGGCUGCCGCGACCGGCACGGCCAUGAAUAUGGGUGGCGGUAGCAUGAACGUGGAUAUAGAAGGCGACAGCUGCAAGGUUUCUAUGCUCUGGAAUUGGGACACCGUCGACGCGUGCUUCAUAUCGUCUACUUGGCACAUCCGGAGCGGAGGCAUGUUUGCCGGAUCGUGUAUCGGCGUCAUCCUCCUGGCCGUGCUUUUCGAGGCGCUACGGCGGACUGCCGAGGAAUACGAUAGCUACCUGGCCAACAGGAUCGCACGGCAAGGCAGCCUCGUCGCCGCCUCCGCGAUUAAGAGCGGUUCGAAUUCUCCCGAUCCUAACCCCGGUUCUGGUGCGGGCCCGCGACCGUCUUCCUCGGCGGCUCCUAUCGUAGAUGUGUCAGUUGCGAGUUCUAAGUACACACCCAAAAUACACGAGCAAGCCAUUCGAGCGUUCCUGUAUACGGCUCAGUUUGUGGUAGCAUACUUCCUGAUGAUGCUUUCUAUGUAUUACAAUGGCUUCAUUAUCAUUUGCAUCUUUGUGGGCGCGUACAUCGGCAGCUUCGUCUUCCGAUGGGAAAAGCUGGACGCUCGGCAGAAUACGAGUGCUGCAAAUGAAGCUACCGCUUGCUGCGGCUAGUCCAGACAUCUGCCACCAGGCAUCGAGACAUUGAUGACAGGCAAAAGGGUAAUAAUGGCUGGCAGCUAAUGUACCUACCUAGGCUGCGGAGACACUGGUUCAUGGCAAAGGACGAUAUAAGUAACGCUGGCCUGGUAGCGAAAGAGGAGACCCGGCGUCGCGGUGUGAGAAGACAUCCGCUAAUUCUGUGUGCAACAGUGCUCAUUCCCAAUAGGUAAAAUAGAAGAGCAGAAUUAUCUCCUUGAGAACCCUGGCGCACCGUGGGUGGGAUCCGGGGUGACCUGAGCAUUCACGACGAGGCGUUUUUGACUCGUAGACUAGCGAAGGGUCGUCGAUUUCUAAGGGGAGUAAACAUCCCUAGAGAUGUGGGAAUUGACGCCUGUGGUGAGGUCAGAUGCGACGGGUGAUAAAUAGGGGUGAAAAGGGGGAAUUCCUAGGGUGUCUGAUUAGGUAAACAAAGCUUUGUGGUGGGUCCAAUUGCCGGGUGUGCUUAC